AUGGAUUCCCCAGAUACUUUGGAGAUCAGCAUCCUUACCUUCAAUUGUUGGGGUCUCAAAUAUCUAGCCAAGUUUCGCAGCGAACGCCUAGCAGAGAUUGGCCGCUGCAUCGCAAGUGCAGAUCCUGUGCCGCAGAUUGUGGGAUUACAAGAAUGUUGGACUCACCAAGAUUAUCAAAGCAUACGACGAGAAACCAGACACAUUUUACCUUUUGGAAAGCUUUAUCAUAGUGGAAUAUUCGGCGCUGGAUUGGCAAUUCUGUCUAAAUGGCCAAUUGAGGAGACUUCUAUGAUUCGUUAUCCACUCAAUGGGAGGCCAACUGCUUUCUUCCGAGGUGAUUGGUUUGUAGGAAAGGGCAUAGCGCAUGCAAGUCUACGAUAUGGCAUCGACGCAAGUGAAAUCAUAGAGGUGUUCAAUACCCACCUACAUGCACCCUACGAGCGAGAACCUAAUGACUCCUAUAUUUGUCAUCGAACGGCUCAAGCAUGGGAGAUGUCGAAACUUCUUCGUGGUGCCGUUAAAAGAGGACAUCUCGUUGUGGGGCUAGGAGACUUUAAUAUGCUGCCUAACUCUCUAGCUCAUCGUCUUAUCACAACACACGCUCCUGUCUACGACUUAUGGCUUUCCUCACAUCCAGAGUCUGCUCUUGGGGCUGCUGGAGACGAAGCUGGGAUAGCGCAACGAAAACUAUUUCCAACGGCCGAGUCUAAUAUCGUUGAAAACGGCACAACGUGUGAUAGUGUGUAUAAUACAUGGCGGUGGGAGAAGAGCCAGCAAAAGCUGCUAGGCCCUGACUGCCCGUUGAUAGAAGUACCCAGAGAUAAAAUAGAUCUCAAGGCAAAGCGGCUCGAUUACAUAUUUGCUAGCUCGAUUAGCAGUUCAAUUAGCCCAACAAAUAAUAAUUUAUGGUCGAUAACUUCUAUCAAAGUUGGGAUGAUGUCGAGACAUCCAAUGCUACAAUGCUCCCUCAGUGAUCACUUUUCGGUGGAGGCAACUCUUAGCAAAAAGCGGAAAAAUGCCAGUUUAGAAAACAAAUACGGGACGAAGGACAAAGAUAGCGCUUUACCUUCAUCACUCUCCAACGAAAACUACGCUUCUAAUGAGUGCAAAUCUUUUCUUCCAUUGAAUGUGUAUGAUGAAGUUCUUGGAUUAAUAAGCCAGUAUCGAAUCCGCGAGAGACGACAGCGCAAACUCCGUCUCGGCCACUUUGUUUUUUCAUUUCUAUUGACACUUAUUUGUCUACUUGUUGUUUGGUGGGCUCCUCGGAAUUUUGUUACCUUUGUGCUCUUGCUCGUGAGUACGUUUGGAUUAAGUGCUGGCGUGAUCGAUGGUUUAAUUGGUGGACUGUUUAUCGGCAGUGAAAUCCGUGCCUUGAAAGAAUUCGAAUGGGAGAUUAGUAAUGCGCGGGCUCAAGCUUGCGGUGAAGUUCAUUUCGUCAUGGAUGAGAGUAUCAUGGACUGGUAG